GUUCUGACAUUCAAAUUAUUUUUCUUAUUUACUGUUCUCUAAUUUUACACUUCGUUUCAUUGAUGAUCACUCUAAAAAGGUUAUAAGCGAACGCAUCCAUAGCAUGUUAUUCUAUUAAAAUUGUACACAAGAAAAAAGAUUACAUGAAUCAUAGUUAUAUUAAAUUGAUGUCUAAAUUUUAAGUUGAAGAAUGCAUUAGAUUAGGGAGACCAUGAGAGAAAAACAUGGCGAAAUAUCUUAAUUUUCUCACAAGUAUGACUAUAUACGACAUAAAUAUUUUUUGGAUACGAACUCAUACCAAUAGUUGGAACACGGGUUGGGUCGGGUUCUACGGGUUGUGUAAUUCAAAAUCCAAACCCAACCCAAAAGAGGCGGGUUGUACAAAAUAAAAUCAUCACCCAACUCAAAACAUUCGUUUUAGCGAUAAAUAAGGGUGGGUUGGGUCGGGUUGGACGGGUGGGUCGGUUUACGGGUGUGUUUGUUCACCCCUACCCUUGCAACAACUCCCCACAUCAAUGUGAUUUAAAGUUGCAAUUGCAACUCCUUGCCACAUCAUAUUGCAAGUCACUAAAAUUGCACCAUUGGAGAUGCUCGAAGUGGCUAACCUCUCUAUUCCUUGCCUAGGUGGCCGACCGCCCCCAUGGUCGCCGCCUUUCCUCUUUGAUGUUGGACCAUCCUAAUUUAGUGAAAGUUUGGCGUGUUUGUUUCCCUUCUUGACUUCCUGGACCAUCAAUUCAAUAAAAUACUCCAAUAUCUUAUUAGGCCGUACUUUGUUUCCCUCAGGUAUCACACAAUCAUUAUUGUUUUCGACAUUAUCACUCUCCAUUACUUACCUAACUUCCCUCUGCCGCAGUGAUGUAUUCACCGCUUCUCACUGCCACGGUGAACAUGAUUACUGCUUCUCACAGCCACAGUGGGCCCUAAAUACGUGUAGACAGAGAAUUUUUUAUAAAAUGUGUGUAUUUUGAAAAAGAAAAAAAAACACGUGUAUUAUCAAUUAUGGGAAAAAUCCGCAGUCCAGCACAGCAAAUCAACUGCAGCUGCACGGCGAAAGUCUACAGAGUUGCCUUUUCGGGGAAGGAGCAUCCGGCGUUCCCUUUACCCAUCCCACCAUCAUUCAAGCCCGAUCGAAACGCCGAAAGCCACCCGGCCGGCAAAGAUGGUGUCGUACGUCAACAUCCUGCUCUACGGCGUCGGCGGCAUAGUCUUCGCCGGGAUGGCCUUGCUGGUCGCCUUUCAAGAGCGCCUCGUAUAUGUCCCCGUCGUCCCUGGUCUCACCAAGUCCUACACGAUUACUCCCGCCCGCCUCCGUCUCACUUACGAGGACGUAUGGCUCCGAUCCUCCGAUGGCGUCCGCCUCCAUGCCUGGUUCAUUAAGCACUUCCCUGAUUGCAGAGGUCCAACCAUCCUUUUCUUCCAGGAGAAUGCAGGAAAUAUUGCUCAUCGUCUUGAAAUGGUCCACAUAAUGUUACAGAAGUUGCAGUGCAAUGUGUUCAUGCUUUCUUACCGUGGUUAUGGAGCGAGUGACGGAUCUCCUUCUCAGCAUGGAAUUACAAAGGAUGCUCAGGCUGCAUUGGAUCAUCUCUAUCAGCGGAAUGAUAUUGAUACUUCGAGAAUAUUCGUUUUUGGGAGGUCACUGGGAGGUGCUGUUGGUGCCUUACUUACAAGAAACAACCCUGAUAAGGUUGCUGGCAUUAUACUGGAAAAUACUUUUACAUCUAUUCUGGAUAUGGCAGGAGUUCUGCUCCCCUUUCUGAAGUGGGUUAUUGGAGGAUCUGGUGCAAAAGGUGUUAAAAUUCUUAAUUUUGUCGUACGUUCUCCAUGGAACACCAUCGAUGUCAUUGGCCAGGUUAAGCGACCAAUUCUUUUCCUCUCGGGGUUGCAAGAUGAGAUGGUUCCUCCAUCUCACAUGCAGAUGCUUUAUGCGAAAGCAGCUGCUCACAACAAGGAAUGCACUUUUGUCGAAUUUCCUUCGGGCAUGCAUAUGGAUACCUGGUUGUCUGGUGGGGAUCAUUACUGGGGAACAAUUGAGCAGUUCCUUGAAAAAUAUGCUCCGAGGAAUGAUGAAACUGAUUCUUCAAGCAGUGGCCUAGAUUCUGAAGGAAGAUGACGCGUUUCGAUGUUGAAUUUUGAGAUGACUCAUCGGAGGACCUGGAAAGUGUAUGUAUGUUUUCUGUUUGAAGAUGCAGCACCUAAAAGCUCAAUGUGAGCAAGGGCUUGCUGUGGCUGCUUAUUGGCAAAAGAAAAAAAAAACGAGUGAAACCAUACUCUGGUCUUCCAACUGUGGCGGGUUGUUAUAUUAUACCUUAAGAAACAGGAGGCAGUAGAAAGCUUAUCUCAGUAGUGAGUUCCCUAUGGUAUAUUAAUAUAGUACCUCUGACUUUUUCACACAUUACUAUUGAGUACUAUAUAGGUAGUCAGUUUCUGACUUCUUAUUGUUGUAUGCAAAUAAUUCAAUCUUCAUUCUUUCCCCAUAAAUAAAAAAAAGAGAGAAGAAAAUGGGUUUGUGCUGCUGAUCUUGGAUUGUUACUGGACAUUGAUGGCAUUGUGACAACCAUUUUGAUUGCCUGUCUGUAAUGUUAAACUUUAGCUAACCAUCUUGACAACCAUUUCGACAACCAUUUCUAUAUGUUUAUUAUAAUUAUUAUGGAAAUUUCAAGGUAUUCGUGGCUGAUUUUGCAACCCAAUCUGUCUUGUCUUAAUAUUACACAAUUGUUAAGGUAAUGGAGACAGAUGAAGUUUCAUGCUAACAAUAAGUAGUGGUUUGGAAUCUUUGGUUCAGGAAAUAGUGUGAUUGCAUGUAUACUAAGAAGAUGUUAGUUUUAAAAAUUCAUUGUCUGAGAAACAUAAAAGAAUGCAUGGAUU